GUUGGUAAAAUCCACAGGUUCAUGCAGGCUAAUUACAAUGUGUUCGAUUAAUUGUCUUUAGAUUGCUUAAAACUUCAACAUUUAAGGUAAUUUUAAAAGUCUUACAAGAGUGUAGCAGUACUUACAAGUUAUAUAUAUCAGCAGUUAUAAUUGAUUUUUUAGAAAGGAUAGAAUUGGCCAAAUAAUUGUCCCCGCAACUCAUCUACUAAAUGACAUUUUAGUCGAUCCCUGAGAUUUGCUCUCAGCAUAGAGCCAUUAGAAAAAUCCUUACGAACAGACAGCGGCACUGUGGAAGUAAACAGAGAUCUCGUUGGAUUUCAUGUUUUUUUAUUUGCUGAAGAGUAAGCUCAAAUAAACAGGGCAGGUUCCGCAAUCUUACGUCAGUGCUCGUAUAGCAAUCCUAGGAUUCUCAAGGAAUUUGAUUUGAAAACCUCUCAAAUGACUGUCACAUAAAUGUCCAAACAUGUUAUUUGUUAUUCAUGUGUUUUUCAUUACAUUAAAAAAAAAUGUAUACAUUCAAUCAUGCAACACACAGUAAUGUUACAUACAUGUUGCAGGCAUUUCAAAAUCAUAAUUCUUUACAAAAAUAUAUUAUUAGUCUUAUGGUGAUGAUGGUGGUGGUGGUGAUGGGGAUGAUGAAUAGGGUAGUAAAGCCUAGUGGUAGUACAGUGUUGUGUAAUCAGUAGUAGUGGUAGAUAGUAUUACAAUCAUUGAUAAUAAUCAUAAUAACAAAUACUGCGUGAAAUUAUAUGUGAUUUGAAAAUAAAAAAAGACAUGUAGAGAUUUGCAAAACGUAAGAGGCUCAUUUGAAGAAAACAAAUGCUGUUCCUCCGCACCUUGUGAGGAAAUAUUGAACUUCCUGUAUGGUGAUGAUGUGUUUAUGUUAAUCACAUAGCUAAGGCAAAACCUAAAUGAUUCGCGGGAAAAAGUAAAAAAUGGCGACUAGCAUAGUUUGAACUUAAGCGCCCGUACACAUAUUUGCAAGAAGAGACAACUCCUCGCUAAUGGGACGUAACUCAACAGCAGCAACAAUAUUUCGAGUUUUAUCGAACCUGGAUUGGAAGUUUAUCAAGGGGGAAGUGUUGUAGUGUGUGGACAGCCCAGCUGCAGCAUGUUGGAGUCAGCAUACAGAGAUGACUUCUGCAGUGUGGAGUCGAAGAAGGGGCUGGAUGCCAAGCGUUUACCCCAGAAGAGGGAGCGGAGCUUCACAGACCUGGAGAGCAGCCUGACCGUGGGCCAGUAUGUCCUGUGUCGCUGGUCUGAUGGCCUAUACUACCUGGGGAAGAUCCAGAGAGUGAGUACCUCCAAGCAGAGCUGCUUUGUCACUUUUGAAGAUAAUUCAAAAUUCUGGGUUCUCUGGAAAGACAUCCAACAUGCUGGAGUUCCGGGGGAGGAACCCAAAUGCUCGGUUUGUUCUGAAAUGGUGCUGGUGUCUGACAAUGAGAUCCUGAUAUGUGGGAAAUGUGGAAUAGGUUACCACCAGCAGUGCCACCUGCCAGAGGUGGAGAGCUCAGUGGAUUUGUCACCAUGGUUUUGCAGGAGGUGCAUCUUUGCUUUAGCUGUGCGGAAAGGGGGAGCUCUCAAAAAGGGCGCUAUAGCAAAAGCACUGCAGGCCAUGAAGCAGGUGCUUACCUAUAACCCAGAAGAGCUGGAGUGGGAUUCUCAGCACCGCACAAAUCACCAACAGUGUUAUUGCUACUGUGGAGGACCUGGAGAGUGGUACUUGAAGAUGCUGCAGUGUUUUCGGUGUCAACAGUGGUUCCAUGAGGCCUGUAUCCAGUGCCUGCAGGAGUCCAUGAUGUUUGGAGAUAGGUUUUACUUGUUCAUCUGUUCCGUGUGUAAUAAAGGACUGGAGUACAUUAAGCGCCUGGCUCUCCGAUGGGUGGAUGUGGUGCACUUGGCACUUUACAACUUGGGAGUCCAGAGUAAGAAGAAGUACUUUGAGCUGGAGGAGAUCCUUAACUUUGUCAGCAUCAACUGGGAGCAUUUCCAUUUGGGCAAGCUCUCCAAUACUCCUCCAACAGAAAGAGGCCAAUAUCUCCUUGAUGCACUGAACAACUACAAGAGCAAGUUUCUCUGUGGGAAGGAGAUCAAGAAGAGGAAAUGCAUCUUCCGCCUGAGAACACGCGUUCCACCCAACCCUCCCUCCAAACUCUUUCCCGAGAGGGCCCAGAACGAGGGAUGGCGAGGACGAAAGAAAGGCGCAGACAGGAACAGCUCUCUCCCGGCAGAGAAGAGGAGGAAGAAAAGGUCGAAAUGGCUGCUGGAGGACGCCAUUCCCAAUAAUGACCUGACCUCAGCCUGGAGCACCAACCAUCAUAUGGCCAACAUCUUUGACUUCACAUUGGACGAGUUACAAAGCCUCAAAAGCACUAGCUCGGGACGGACCUUCAGUCUUGACCUGGACUCCACAGACGCUGCCAGCACCUCUGGGUCCGCCACCACCAGUGUCUCCUACGACUUCAGGAAGAAUGUUGGCAGUCGUAAGAGGAAGCUGCCCACCUCUAACUAUACGGUGCUGGCCACUAAGAAGGAGGUGGUGGAGAGCGAGCUGAGCCCCAUGGAGCUGAGCCUACCAGGAGAGGAGGCUGCCUCCGCGAUGCUGGACAACGCGAUCGACAGCCACACCUUUGACAGCAUCAGCGAGGAUGACUCCUCCCUCUCCCACCUCAAGUCGUCCAUCACCAACUACUUUGGGGCGGCGGGGCGGCUCACCUGCGGAGAGAAGUACCAGGUGCUGGCCCGCCGGGUCACUCCGGAGGGGAAGGUGCAGUAUUUGGUGGAGUGGGAGGGCACCACUCCCUACUGACCUAGCCGGCCAGAUUGGCUGGCUGCUGCAGUAAGGAGGUGUCGCAGAGGAAGGGGGAGUAAUAGGCAAGAUCGGCCUAGCAAGGCCUACAUGGUUGUACUCGUUUAUUUUUCUCCUGUUACUUGCUCUACAGUACUAUCUUUAUUUCAGUAUAUAAUAUUAUUUUGGGUAUAUUGAACCAAUUUGGUAGCGUCUUCUUGAGCAUCUUAAAUAGUAACAAAGCCUGAAGAACUGUGUGCCGGAUGCUAGUUUGAGUAGGUUUGUGAUGGUAAAGAUAACGAAAGAGUUGGCUCAGAGUUCCAAGAAAGAACAAUACCACUGAUUCUAAAGGAUGGGAGCAAAACUGUCGGAAGAGCACUACUAAAAUGGGCUCUGUGUCCCUAAAUUCAACAAUGUUCUGCUCUAUUAAUAGUUUGUCACGGUAUUUUUUUAAACUUUCUGUUUAGAAUUGUUUCACAAUAACAGCAAUAUGCCAUAUCAAAGCCACAUUUACAGUGCCUUCAGAAAGUAUUCAUGCCCCUUGACUUAUUCCACAUUUUGUUCUGUUACAGCCUGAAUUCAAUGGAUUAAAUGGAUUGUUUCCACCCAUCUAAACACAUACCCCAUGUACACACAAUACCCCAUUUUGCAAAUGUAGGGAAAAUGAUAUACAGAACUAUCUAAUUCACGUAAGUAUUCACAGCCCUGAGUCAAUACUUUGUAGAAGCACCUUUGGCAGCGAUUACAGCUGUGAGUCUUUCUGGGUAGGUCUAAGUGCUUUCCACACCUGAAUUGUGCAACAUUUUCCCUUAUUAUUUUCCAAAUUCUUCAAGCUCUGUAAAAUUGGUUGUUGGAUCAUUGCUAGACAACCAUUUUCAGGUCUUGCCAUAGAUUUAAAUCAAAACUAUAUCUUGGCCGCUCAGGAACAUUCACUGUCUUGGUAAGCAACUCCAGUGGGCCUCCCGAGUGGCGCAGUAGUCUAAGGCACUGCAUCGCAGUGCUAGCUGUGCCACUAGAGAUUCUGGGUUCGAGUCCAGGCUCUGUCGCAGCCAGCCCUGUCCGGGAGACCCAUGGGGCGACGCACAAUUGGCCCAACGUCGUCCGGGUUAGGGGAGGGUUUGGCCGGCAGGGAUGUCCUUGUCACAUCGCGCACUAGCGACUCCUGUGGAGUGCUGUGUGCGGUGCACAAAAAAAAGUUACUCCAGUCUAUAUUUGGCUUUGUGUUUUAGGUUAUUGUCCUGCUGAAAGGUAGAUUUGUCUCACGGUGUCUGGUGGGAAACAGACUGAAUCAGGUUUUCCUCUAGGAUUUUGCCAAUAUUUUAGCUCCAUUCCGUUUCUUAGCCCCCCAGUCCUUAACAAAAAAAAUGUAGAAACAUAAUUCCACAUUGACAUUAUGGGGUAUUGUGUGUAGGCGAGUAACAAAAAUGCUUAAUUUAAUCCAUGUAACAGUCAGGCUUUCACACAACAAGGUGUGUGAAUACUUUCGGAAGGCACUGUAGCAAGUUAUACCUCUCCACUAAUCAAUGAAAUGUUUAUCAGCUUUAUCUAGUACUAUAUUGCCAAGUGUAAAAGCUGAGUAAUGGUUUUAGAUACAAUAUAUAUAUAUAUACACAUGCUUUUAUGAAUGUUAUCAGAAAACAGUCAGUUUAUACUUUGUCCUUUCAUUUUCAAAUGCGUUUUGAGUCAGUUUUACAGGAUGGUGUGGGGACAAGAGACCAAAGCAAACAGCGUUUCCCCUAGGAUUUUUUGUCCCCCAGCGGUGGCAAGGUUAGCAGAAUUGUAAAGAUUUUGCCAUGGGGCUGAGAGAAAAUGUGCAGUUUUAAAGCUAAUUUCCUGCAAUUCUACACUUUUUGCCAUGGCUCACGCCGUGUUCUUAUGCUAUCUGAGUGACUCAAACACAAAAUAAAUGGGGGCGCUAUGACAUUUUUAAAAUUUUCUCUGACUGUCUAGUUUUUAUUUUGGUGGUUGUUGGUUUUCAAAUAUGAUAUUUUAAAUAUAGCUCCAUUAUAUUUUCUACAGUGCCUUCGAUAGUAUUCAGACCUUUUCCACAUUUUGUUACUUUAUAGCCUUAUUCUAAAAUUGAUUAAAUUGUAUUUUCCCCUCAUCAAUCUACACACAAUACCCCAUAAUGACAAAGCAGAAACAGGUUUUUAUACCUUUUUGCGAAUUUAUAAAAUAAAAACUGAUGAAACAUUUACAUAAGUACUCAGUACUUUGUUGAAGCACCUUUGGCAGCGAUUACAUCAUCGAGUCUUUCUUGGGUAUGACGCUACAAGCUUGGCUUUUUAUAUAGUCUCUGAAUGUCCUUGAGUGGCCCAGACAGAGCCCGGACUUGAACCUGAUCAAACAUCUCUGGAGAGACCUGAAAAUAGCUGUGCAGCGAAGCUCACCAUCCAAUCUGACCGAGCUUGAGAGGAUCUGCAGAUAAGAAUGGGAGAAACUCUCCAAAUACAGGUGUGCCAAGUUUGUAGGGUCAUACCCAAGAAGACUCGAGGCUGUAAUCGCUGCCAAACAUGCUUCAACAAAGUACUGAAUAAAGGGUCUGAAUUCUAUGGUAUUCUUGUUUUUAUUUUUUUAUAAAUAUGCAACAAAAAAAAUGUAAAUGUAUUUUUGCUUUGUUGUUAUGGGCUAUUGUGUGUAGAUUGUGGAAAAUGUAAUCCAUGUUAGAAUAAGGCUGUAAUGUAAAAAAAUGUGGAAAGCAUCAAGGGGUCUGAAUGCACUGUAUAAUUUCAUAUUUUUUGGAGUGGUGGCAACGAUUUAGCAGCGGCAGCCCACCUCUGCUAAAUUAAUAUAGGGGAAACACUGGCAAACACUGCACGCACCUCUUAUAUAGUGUAUAGUCCUGGUUUUCCUUUGGCUCUGUUUAUGCUGACAUAGGUAGUUUGGCUAAGUAGAUGCAAAACUUGUAUUUUCCCGGAAAUGCAAUGCAGAUGAUGGAGAGCUUAACAUAGUACUUUUAGACACUUUAAGAUCUUUUUGGAAAUUUGAAAUCUAGAAAGUUACAAUGAGAAUAUUAUGUACUUCAAGGGGCAGUGUUGGUUUAUGUUCUUACAAUAUCCAAAGAUUUCUUGACAUAUUCCUCCCAUCCAUCCAUAGUUAUUUCUGUGUUGCCGCAAGACAUAUAUAUAUAUAUAUAUAUAUAUAUAUAUAUAUGCCUGACUGUUGAUUUAUUUUUCACUAAUUAGUGUUUAGGCCUUCUUAUUUGGCAAGUCCAGGUCGUCCCUCCCUGUUUCAUUUUGUUUCCUUAUUUUUCUGCCUAAUGAACAUGAUACAGAAAAUAAAUAUGAUUAGAUUUCAGUAAGUCAGUACAUUAUGAAAGAUAAAUGAUGCUUUCCUAUUACCAAUUCUAUGCGCAUAACCCCCUUUGCUUCAUUGCACUAUUGACAUCUUAAACUAUGCAAGUAUUGUGUUUUCAAUUCCUUUUACUAAAUAACCAAAUAUUAUUUACGAAUAAUUUUAAUUGAUAAUUAUGGAAAUUUGUGAUCAGAAGUCACAUGCGAUAUGCGUUUUAUAUUAUUAGCAAGAAAAAGUUUGAAGCUAAUUGUAAUAUUUUUCCCGUUUGGCAUUUUGCAAACAUUUAUGCUCUUUUAUGUCUUUAAAUUACAGUAUGACUGUAUUCACUCUAAAACAAACUGUUUACAUGAGUAGAUUCACAAUAUCUAUCCUAUGGAGUCUCCAUUUAAUAUAAUUUUUUGGAUGAUUCUUGAAGUGACAUGUAAAUGGUAAAUUGUUAAUUGUUUUACAUUACUAGUUGUUUUACCAUGUAACAUGCCCAGAGCUGUGUAGAUAGAGAACUUACUGUAUACAUUUCCCCUAUUUGCUAUGCUUGUUAGAAAUGAUAUCUCUCAGCGGGUAUUGUGCAUCCUUUAUUUGUAAUUUGUGAAUCUUUAUUUGGUAUUUUGAAUUGUAAUUAAAAGCAUUUUGAGA